CGAGAUAGACGUAAUUCAAGUUGUAUUUCAUUAUUAAAUUUAUAUUUGGCCGAGUUUAGUAAUAGUCGUCGAGAUCGAUCGACGACUAUUGUGAAUGUGAAAUGUUAUGAAAAGUGAAUGCUGAAGAAUAUACUUUAUAUAUGUAAUAUCGUUUAAGUUAAUCUGGUACAACAGUGAAAGUAAUAGUUUUAUUUUAGCUGUUUACAAAGAUGACUUCGCUGUAUCUCGAUUAUUAUGACGGCAGUAAACUAUUUACGGGAUUUGCUAGUAAAAUCGGCUUGCCGUUGGAUCUUGUUAAUUUUUUGAUCGCACAAAUAGCUGCACUAUGCCUGGCCAGACUGUUUCGGAAACCAUUGAAGCUUGCUUCGCCAGAAUUUCGUCAUUCUGUGUGCCUUACUAUAGGUCUGAUAAUGGGAUAUUUUUGCUUUGGGAAGCAAUCAAUACAUUUAUCGGUUCUGGCGAUGCUAAGUUACUCAUUGUUGAAGACAAUGCCACAUCGUCUCGUUGGAAAUGCUAUUCUGGCAGCGUCGAUAUUUUAUCUGUCAUGUAUACACUUACAUCGACAGAUUUACCAUUCGGCUGAUUACACACUGGACAUAACAGGGCCUUUAAUGGUGAUCACACAGAGAGUUACUUCCCUUGCCUACUCGCUACAAGACAACCUAACCCAGAAGGAAAUCAACUCGAACACGAGUCCCGAGUUUUCACUCGCACAGAAAAUCGACAAAACUCCGUCUCCUCUCGAGUACUUCGCAUUUACACUCGCCUUCCAGACACUGAUGUGUGGGCCAGUAGUGUUCUAUACCGAUUACAUCAACUUCAUAGAAGGCGCUCGAAUUGACGAGAAACAAAGCACGUCUGCAAGCGAACCGUCCCCUAGGAGAGCGGUGAUGUACAAGCUGAUGGGCUCCAUUGCGGCUGCGAUCUUAUACUUGACUUUGGCGAAGAAAUACCCAUUAGCCGUGCUCGAAGAGCUCACCGACCCCACAUCCGAGGUGUCCCGCUCCUGGUCGGCGCUGUACCUGCUCUGGUACGCGUACCUCUCGACCCUCGUGGUCCGCUGCAAGUACUACCACGCGUGGCUGCUCUCUGAGGCCAUCUGCAAUAAUUGCGGAAUGGGCUUCAAUGGCUACGAGAGCGACGGCACGCCUAAAUGGGACAAGAUGUCUAACAUAGACGUGUUUGGAUUUGAGUUCGCCCAAAACUUCCGCACCGCCAUCGCAAGCUGGAACAAGAACACGAACGCGUGGCUGCGCUGCGUGGCGUACUCGCGCGGCGGCGCGGCGUGGCGCACGGCGCGCGUGUACGCGCUGUCGGCCGUGUGGCACGGCUACCACCCCGGCUACUACCUCACCUUCCUCGCGGGAGGCCUGUUCACCGUGGCCGCUAGGAAGAUUCGAUCAGUGGCGCGUCCGUUGUUCAUAGAUAGCCGGCCGAAGAAACUAUUCUACGACUUGCUGACGUUCGUUACAACGCGUGUAGCGAUGACGUACGCAACCGUGCCGUUCGUGCUGCUGCACCUGGCGCCGAGUUUGGCUUUCUAUGGGAAACUGUAUUAUUCCCUGCAUUUCAUUGCCCUUGGCGCACUGCUUAUCCCUGAACGACGAUCACGCGCCUCUCCUGUCAACUCCGAGCUUUCACAAAAAUGUUCCAACACCAGUAAAGAAUCGCACGAACCUAAUGGAGAUACUAAUGGUAAACUGAAAAUAAAUUAAACGUACAAUAAUGGUGUCUAUUUUUAUAAAGGUAAAAUUAAAAAUUGUAAAGAGUCUCCCAAUAUUUUGACUGACAAUAUAGCUUCCAGUUUAUGAAAGUUGCUCUUAUUAAUGACAUAUUUUAUUUUUAAGGUCAGGUAAGCGAAACAUCCACUUACAUUGCCUGAAGUUGGGGAGACAGUUUUACAUUAUAAUCAUGUGGCACUUGUUUCACUUACCUAACCUGAACCUAUUUGUUUAUAAAAGUUAUAUAAGGCGAUAGCUCCGAAAUUUUUAGCCGGUAAUAUUC